UUUUUUCUGUUAUAUUGCAAUAGUGUGAUCAAUGACCAAGUAAUUGUUGGAAUAAUUUUCUUUUUAGUUUAUAUAAAAAUUGAAGUUGAAUAAAAUUUCAAUCUUCCGCUGCAGCCCUUAAAAUAAAUUUCGACAAUGUGGAAACUUCACAUCAACACUGGAAAAUGGUUUUACACAUACGAGCAACUAUCAAACACACCCAGCAGAAGACAUGGAAUAGAACCAGAAAGAGAGAUGAGGUACCGUCAAGAAUCAGCGAGCUUGAUCUUCGACGCGGGCCAGCACCUGGAGCUGUCAAUAGGAAUAAUAAACACCGCAGUGGUUUACAUGCACAGGUUUUACAUGUACCACUCCUUCCUGAAGUUCCAUCGUUACUCCAUCGCUUGCACUGCAGUUUUCUUAGCAGCAAAAGCAGGAGAUGACUUUAAAAAAUACAGCGAGGUGUUUGAAGCUUGCAAAAAGUGCUUUGACACCAACGGGGUCACCAUGGAGAACAUCAAGGACUGGCGACUUGAUCCAGAAAACAUCUUCUUUAAUGAAGACGUGAUGCUCCAGACCUUGGGGUUCGAGAUAGACAUCGAGCAUCCGCACACACAUAUCAUCAAGUGUCUUAAAUUGAUAAACGCUGACAAGAAUGAAGACAUCAGCAGGACUUCUUAUCUCUUAGCUACCCAGAUGACGCAUUUAACUACCUUUUCUCUUCACUUCAAGCCCUCGGUCAUUGCCUGCGUUGCUAUUUACACUGCCUUGAAGUGGACCAAUUGGAAGAUUCCUCCAAGUGAUGAGGGCAAGGAGUGGUACUCUAAUGUUGACCCUAAUGUCACUGUCUCGAUGAUGGACGAACUGGUCCUGGUCUUUUUGGACAUCUAUCGCAAAUCUCAGUGCAGGAUGAAGAGGAUGAUCAAUGCUAUUCAUGAAAAACACGCUAAGAAGCAUAAAAAAAUUACUCCCCAGGAAUUUAUGAACAGAAAGCCUUCAAAUAAUCAAGUUAAUCCUGGACCUGCUUCUAGAGUUCCUAUUCACAUGACUCUGCCUAAAUUUGGUGUCAGAACUGAAGCAAGAAAUGCUAUGCAAGUUGAUGAUAAUAAUUUAGCACAUGCUAGAUAUCAUAGAAAUGAUAGAGCUAGAAAUAAUUAAUUAGUUAGGACUAAUUAUUGUGAUAAAAGGUUGCAAUUUCGAUAAGCAAUACAAGUAUUUUUAAAUAUUAAUUUCUUGAGGUUCAAUUGAUUUUGU